GCCUCAUCUUCCCCAUGGCCUUCGUGCUCUCUCUACUGAUGGCCCUGGUGCUGGUCAGCUACGGCCCGGGAGGAUCCCUGGGCUGUGACCUGUCUCAGAACCACGUGCUGGCUGGCAGGAAGACCCUCAGGCUCCUGGGCCAAAUGAGGAGGCUCUCCCCUCGCUUCUGUCUGCAGGACAGAAUGGACUUCGCUUUCCCCCAGGAGAUGGUGGAGGGCGGCCAGCUGCAGGAGGCCCAGGCCGUCUCUGUGCUCCACGAGGUGCUCCAGCAGACCUUCAACCUCUUCCACACAGAGCGCUCCUCUGCUGCCUGGGACACCACCCUCCUGGAGCAGCUCCGCACUGGACUCCACCAGCAGCUGGACCACCUGGACGCCUGCCUGGGGCAGGAGCAGGGGCUGCAAGGGGCUCCCCUGCUCAAGGGGGACUCCAGCCUGGCUCUGAGGAAAUACUUCCACGGAGUCACUCUCUAUCUGCAAGAGAAGGGGCACAGCCCUUGUGCCUGGGAGGCUGUCAGAGCAGAAGUCAUGAGAGCCUUCUCUUCCUCAACAAACUUGCAGGAGAGAUUCCGGAGGAAGGACUGA